AUGGCAUUCAACCUGGCCCAUGCCACUGUCAACAAUGGAUUGGCUCCACCAGCACCACAACAAAAACGGCAGCCAAGGAUUUUGUUUGAAUUUUGGAUCGCUGGGAUUCUAAUCAGAAUCCGUGAAGGUGCCGUUAGGCACAUUUUCGAAAGCCACUCAAAGCCACAAAGGGAAACAAAGGACUGGCCGACGAUCGAGCGUAAUGUGUCCAAACACAUUGCUGAGAUGAUCAGCAGCUCAGAACAUAUUUUUCUGUCAAAUGUGCGGAGCACUCGCGACGAUUCGAUCAUGGUCUACUUGAAGCGACCACAAGACAAAAUGCACCAUUGUUUUGUGGUUGCCCAUGAAGGAGACAAUUGUUACCGGUUGAACACCGGUUACAAGAAGCUGAUUGAGGACGAGGCCUUCUCUGGAACUUGGAUCAACAGUGGAACUGGCGUAGUGGAGGAAUACUGGCAAGGGAUGCAAGGAGUCUACACGAGAGGAGCACCGGAGGAAAACUUCCACUACUGGUGCAUUCACGGACGUGUUCCCAGUGAUUUUCUUAAUUACCAGCCCCCUGUCCUUGUACCUGUACCCCCACCUGUCUAUCUUAUUCCCCUCAUUCCCGUAUACGUUGUUCCCCAACAUGUUCCAUACCAACAGGAACUCAUUUAUUAA